AUGCCGUUCAAGCAACAUGGUCGCAAGUAUGAUCUAGUGGUCUUUGGAGCGACAGGAUAUACCGGUCGCUUGACAGUAGAGCACAUUGCGACCAGCUUUCCCCCAGAUCUGAAAUGGGCUAUCGCCGGUCGGUCAGCAGACAAACUCGGGCAACUUGUCUCACACUGCAAGACUUUGACGCCGGAUCGCAUCCCACCAGAGAUCGAAGUCUGCAGCCUUAGCGACGAGGACCUCGGUGCGCUAGCCAGGAAAACAUUCUGUCUUAUCGCCACGGUCGGUCCCUAUGCGCUCUUUGGAGAACAUGCAUUCAAGGCCUGUGCCGAGACCGGCACCCAUUACCUGGAUUGCACGCCCGAAGUCCCGUGGACGUUGACCAUGAUCAAGAAAUACGAGGCUGCGGCCAAGGCAAGUGGUGCUUGCAUGUUCCCUCAAUGCGCCAUGGAAUCGGCACCGUCAGAUCUGCUCACCUGGAAGCUAGCGGAGGAGGCCCGCUCGAGGCUUUCGUCCCAGAUAGGCCAGGUCGUGAUGGACCUGCAUGAGCUUCCCUCCAUACCAUCUGGAGGGACAUUUGCCACCGUGCUCAACCUCUUUGAGAAGUUUCCUCUCCACGUGCUGAAGCAGUCCAUCGAGCCGUAUGCCCUGUCCCCGGUCGCCAAUCACCAUGCCGGUCCCAAACAGUCCUUUUGGUCGUCCGUCACGGGGCUGUCCAAGGUGCCAGGCCUUGGCCUGCUGUCGACCAGCGCGACCGGGAAAGCCAAUGCGGCAAUCGUGUUUCGCACCUGGGGCUUAACCAAGCAGGAGCCGAGCUUGCAGAAAGAGUUCUACGGGCCUAAUUUCAGCUACCGAGAACUGAUGAAGGCCGGAAAUCCUGUGGCAGGGAUCCUGAUGCACUAUAGCUUGAUCAUCGGUGCUCUGCUUCUCCUGCUAUCCCCCGUUCGAGCACUGGCGAGGAAGCUUGUCUUCAAGCCCGGGGAUGGGCCGGACACCGAAAAGGCCAAGAAGGAGUACAUCGAGUUCCGAGCAGUUGCUGAGCCUGAUCACGAAACAAACACCCGCAACCAAGUCUUCGGCAAGCUUUCAUAUACUGGGAGCAUGUACUAUCUUACGGCUGCCCUGCUCGCCCAGGCCGCAGGCACACUCUUGCAAGAUGACAGCGCGAGGUUGACGGGGGGAAUUUACACACCAGCAUGUCUUGGGCAAGCGUACAUCGACCGCCUCCAAGAAGUCGGGGUCAAAUUCGAGACGGAGGUGCGGAAUCUGUAG